AUGUCAGGGCUGAGUGCCGACACAGAGCUCCCGGAUCCCUCAGAGAGGGCAGAGGUGGAGACACUGAAGCGACUUCAGAGCCAGAAGGGCGUGCAGGGAAGCCUCGUGGUGAACACAGAAGGCAUUCCUGCCCAGAGCAGCACGGACAAUCCCACCACCACACAGCACGCCAGCCUCAGGCACAACCUCAGCUGGAAGACCGGGAGCACCACGCAUGAGACUGACCCCCAGAAUGGCCUCAGCUUCCUUCGAAUUUGCUCCAAGAAAAAUGAAAUUAUGAUUGCACCAGAUAAAGACUAUUUCCUGAUGCUGAUUCAGAAUCCCACUGAAUAA